AUGUACCUAGGAACAGAUACCAGUGGAGAGGCUCUUCAAACCAAGGGGAAGAGGAUCAUAUAUUUCUUUCAAAGACAGACUCCGAACAGAGACAUUCAGGGUCUUCUACGGGACAUCGAGAGCGACACAACAGCCAUGCAGCAGAGCCGGACCGGUAUAGCAGUUGUGCUUCUUUUGAUGAAGCACUUCUUUGAAAAAGAGGACUCCAUCUUCAUUUUGGCAGAUACAACUGCAACAAAGCCAUCCAUCGAGAAAGACAUGAGCCUGCCAGCCACACCCAGACUGAUAAUGCUUGUUUGUAUUUGUAUUUUCGUUAUCAUGUCUGGAAGAGGUAAAGGCGGUAAAGGACUCGGGAAAGGAGGCGCCAAGCGUCACCGCAAAGUGUUGCGUGAUAACAUCCAGGGAAUCACCAAACCCGCAAUCCGUCGUCUCGCUCGCCGUGGCGGUGUCAAGCGUAUCUCCGGUCUGAUCUACGAGGAGACUCGCGGUGUGUUGAAGGUGUUUCUGGAGAACGUUAUCCGUGAUGCCGUCACGUACACUGAACACGCCAAGAGAAAGACCGUCACUGCCAUGGACGUUGUGUACGCGCUGAAACGACAGGGACGAACUCUGUACGGAUUCGGAGGAUAAACGACUUUAUUCAGGAGAAAUCAGACCAACCCAACGGCUCUUUUAAGAGCCACCCACAA